AUGCUGGCAAUCCAGGCCAGCGCUCGUGAGGUUCAACUUUGCAAAGUGCAACUUUGGAAAAAGGAUUCAACCGAAGCCAGCGACGCCGUGUGGGUUAGUCCGGGCAAUUUGGCCAGACUCAGACUCAUGUUUGGCAAUCAUAAUUUUUACCUUUACGCCAAAACUUCGGGCGAAUGUCAGACUUCUCCCGUUUCAGAUGGCCCAUCGAGAUGGGGCGAGAAUAAAAUCACGGGUACUCUCCAUUGGGUGACUGAAGGAACUGUUAAAGUUCAAACAGUUUCUAUGGAAGAAGUAAAAAAAGGUUACCCUUUGGAUCAACAUUGA